GGCGGUUCCUCGGCAGCCCAAACCCACAACAAACAACGGCGGUGGCGGCAUCUUCGCUGCGGCCUCCUGUGCCGCCACCUUCGCGAAGGGGCCUCUGCGGCGCCCGGUGGGGGAGUGGGGUAGGGGCAGGGAGUUUAGGCGGCGCGAGCGCAACCCGCCGCCAUGAAGCUCCGCGUACGGCUGCAGAGGCAGACGGCUCCGUUGGAGUUGCCGGAGGCGGAGCCACGGCUGGGGGAUUUGCGUGCGCACCUUGCCCAAACCCUCUUGCCCUCUUGGGGUUACAGUUCUGAUAUCAAGUUUGUAAUAACAUUGAACAACAAAGACUCCCUUACUGGAGAUGAGGAAACCUUAGCAUCAUUUGGGAUUGUAUCAGGAGACUUGAUAUGUUUGAUAUUGGAAGAUACUGAGACAGAAUUAAGAGUAUUUCCAACUCAGACCUCAUCCCUGCAUCCACAACAGAAUAAUCAUGAACCAUCCACUUCAGCCAGUUGUCACAACCAAUCUAACAUUCUAGAUGGUGAAAGACGCAAUGGACAUCCACCAGACCAUACAGUUCAAGAUAAUGUUCAGAUGAAUAUAGACAAUAUGGCAGAAUCCAGCCAAGCAUUUGCUUCAGAAGCUGUAUCUGAUGACUUUGACUACCAAGAAGCUGCAGGUUCUUAUCCUUCAGAGCCAAUGCUUUGCUCUGAAGCUACAGAUGGACAAGUGCCACACUCGCUUCAGACCCUAUACCAUUCUGCAGAAUGUACUAGUGCCAACGAUGCCUUGAUAGUUUUGAUCCAUCUUAUCAUGAUGGAGACAGGAUACAUACCUCAGGGAACAGAGUCAAAGGCAACAAGAAUGCCUGAUAAAUGGCGGAACAGAGGUGUUUAUAAACUACAGUAUGCCCAUCCCCUCUGUGAAAAUGGCAUUGCUGCCCUUACUUGCGUGCCUUUGGGAGACCUUAUUGUUAUCAAUGCAAUGCUGAAGAUUGACAUUGACAUCAAAAGUGUGAAGAGACUACAGCUUCUGCCAGCGACAUUUAUCUGCUUUGAAGACUCAGGAAAUGUCGCAGGCAUAUAUAAGGACCUUCAGAAGCUCUCUUGUCUCUUUAAAGAUCGACUGGUAUACCCUCUCCUGGCUGCUGCUCGGCAAGCAUUGAAUCUACCAGAUGUGUUUGGCCUGGUGGUUCUUCCAUUGGAGCUGAAACUCCGAAUCUUCCGGCUCUUGGACUUUCGCUCAUUAAUUUCUUUGUCUGCUGUUUGUCAUGAUCUUUAUGCUGCUUCAAAUGAUCAGUUAUUGUGGAGGUUCAUAUACUUGCGAGAUUUUAGAGAUCCGGUUGCCAGAUCUCGAGACACAGAUUGGAAAGAACUGUACAAGAAAAAAUUGAAGCAGAAGAAAGACGCACUGAAGUGGAGACACACAAUGUUUCUGCCCCCCCCCCCCCCCCCCGUGCCAUUUCAUCCCAGUCCAUUGUGUCCCAAUCCUUUUUGUCCUAAUCCACUUUAUCCCCCCAAUAUCAUUGGUGGUGAAUUUGAUGAGAGGCCAGCAGUCCCUUCCAUUGGUGAUCCAAUAAGCUCCCUCUUUCCUGGCCCUGCUGACCUUCCAAGUCAGUAUCUUCCUAUUGCCCCACACUUAGAUCCAUUCUCCACUUUACCAUAUUUCGAUCCUUUUGUGUCAUUUCCAGAACCCAAUCCAACUCUCCCAGGAAGAACCAGUCGGAGCCGCCCAAUUGAUAGUCGCCGUGCAUUCAUAUGAGAACUCUUUCAGCCUUAUUGAUAAAGUUUUUAAACCUCUCUUUGUGGGCUUACUUUAAACUGUACAGCUUCAGAGCUAUGAUGUCCACUGUUCUAAAAGUAUGAUAAUGCAUAAGUACUAUAGCAUCUUGAUUCCAUAGACUUGGGCCCAACAGUUCAGUGGAAACAAUUUUUCCUGCCUCCCUUGGAAACGCAGUCCCUUUUGCAAGAAUAUUGAGGGAAACUAUUCUUUUCAUUUACAGUGAGAAGCUCUUUCUUAGAAAGUAAAAGGGGGUUUGCUUUUGUUGCAUCAGAUAAAAAGCACUUUAAAAUAUAAACAUCUAACUU